AUGUUGAUAGCUAUCAUCGGGACACCUUCAGCGGGGAAACAUACAGUUGUCGAUUAUUUGGUCCAGCGACAUGGUUUCAAACAUAUUGGGUUGAAAACUGCCCCUAUCCCUCCAGUUUUUGAAAACAUCAAUACGAUGCUCGAUUAUACCACUCGAAAUUGGCUGGAACACCACGUCACUCUGGAUCUAAGGACAUAUGAAGAGAUUGAACCUUUUGUGAAACGACCUUGGUUUUUGUUAGUUUUAUCCCAUCUACAAACAGAUUUUCAACGUGUCACACGUUUAGCCCAAGUACAUGUGUAUAACAAUUUCCCUACUGUCGAUGCUUUCUGGACAUAUUUGGAUCAAUUGGAUUUAUUGGAUCAAGAGAGAUUACGACCUGGUUGGGAUACUUAUUUCAUGACCCUAGCAUCUCUCGCCUCGCACAGAAGUAAUUGCAUGAAACGUCGAGUGGGAGCUUUAUUAGUACGAAGUAAAAGAAUACUCUCCACCGGUUAUAAUGGGACUCCAAGAGGGACAAAAAAUUGUAAUCAAGGUGGAUGUAGGAGAUGUAAUGGGUCUGCCAGAGGUGGUGAAGCGCUCGACGAAUGUCUUUGUUUACACGCCGAGGAGAAUGCACUUUUAGAAGCUGGUCGUGAUCGAAUAGGAUCCGAUGCUGUUUUAUAUUGCAAUACUUGUCCAUGUUUAAGAUGUUCAGUCAAAAUCGUUCAAUGUGGAGUUCGAGAAGUAGUUUAUAACCAAUCGUAUUCAAUGGACGAAGCUUCCGCUAUGGUCUUACAAGAAGGAGGGGUAUUAUUACGUCAAUGGCAUAUGCCCUUGUGA